AUGUUGGCUUCCAGUAUCCACCGCCGUCCGCCGGUAUUAGCACCGCGCAGCCCGUCGGAUGAUAAUGCCGGGCAGAAGAGGACGGCAGCUGGCGUCGCCAAGGGUCUUUCGGAUACGUCGGGCGUGGCUCAUGUAGGGGUAGGGGUCGAGAGGCGUCGAUCGAGAAGCAUCGGGUCGCUUUCGCGGGAGAGCAAGAUCGCAGCGCUGUCCGUUCACCUGCGCACGCGGCUGUCGUACGCCGCGGCCAAAAUCGAGAAGAACAGGAAGACUCACACUCACGGCCACUCGCGAUCCCCGAGCACGGACUCUCCGAUCAAGAUCGAGCACCUGGUCUCCCUGGGCGAGCCAGAAACCCAACAGUUGGUCGCCUUGAAUCCGCCUCCAACCUCCCACACCCACCCUCUGAAUGGCCCUGCCCGACUAUCCCCCGUGGCCUGGUCCGCAGAGGCAUCGCCAUCUCCACCUGAUCCGAAACCACACCUCCCUGUCCAGGCGCGCCCCAAACUCGCCCCGCCAGCAGACAUCAUCGCCAGCGCAGGCAGCAGCAGCAGUCGACGCCGCCGCCCGAACCCCAACGAGGUGACUAAGCCGACGCACUUCCCCCCUUUCCUGCACCGCAGGCACCACUCGCAGCAGGAGUUUGGGGUGUCCAGACCAGCAGCAAACCUAGAGCGAGUGCUCGUCCCGGGGACGCCCCCGCUGCGGCCGUCCAGCCAGAACACCUCCACGCCGACGCCGACGCCGACGCCGUAUAAUGGCAGCAGCGCGAUGGAGCAGGACGCCAUUGAGACGCUGCUCUUCAUGUCCAGCCCGGGCCACUCCCACUCGGGCUACCACUCCUCGCAGCCCUCGCAGCGUCACCUGCCCUUCCAGAGCAGCAGCGACUCGCGCGGAUCGGAUGCCCGCGUGCCGUGCAGCCAGGAUUCACAUGUCGGCGCGGACCAUGGGCGCCCGGUAUACGGAUUCCGCGGGCAGUCGAUUGGUCUGGAAGCGCAGGCGGGCGAUGAGAUUGACCGCAUGCUGGACCAGAUGGACAGUGAUAGUGAUGAUGAGUUUGAGGGGGGAAGCGGUGAAUAG